AUGUCCGCCGCUGCUGAUUCCUCCUCCUCCUCCAUCGGAGUAUCAGGUGAUGCAGCGGUUAGCUCGCUCUCGCCCGAGAGCAUCGGGCACAACGAUCUGCUCAUCGUUGGGCUGGGCGUGCUCGGCCGGAUCCUCGCCGCGAUAGUAGUAGCUUCGAAUUGGAAUGGAGAAGGCUCUUCCCUAUUCACCUCGAGUACUGCUGCGUAUGACUGCAGUGACAAUGGAUUCUGCAGUGAGGAUUCUCCUUGUGUACCAAUUGGUCAGAGCCCUCGUACUGACGUACUUCUAAAAGCUGAAAAUGUUGUCCUUGAGGCAGGGGGCUGUGUUCUUAGGCUAGAUGCAGCCUCUCUUGCAAUUGCCAUCAUGAAAAAGAGAUUACGGAGCCGCAUCUUUGUGGGCUGUGACAAUGAGCCUCUGUCCAGGCUAGAGAUUAUGGACCGUGUCAACAGAAGCGGGAAAUUUGACACACAGUUUCAGGGCUUCACUGGGACUGAUGGUCCGCUGGGGAAGAGGAUGGAGAACUCCAAAACUCGGGCAGAGCUCGGAUGGCAGCCCAAGUAUCCGAGCUUUACAGAGUUCCUUGGUCUCAGCAAUCUCUAA